AAUCUCUUCAUUCCGGUCUCGCCCGCCGACGACGGCGUUUGACAAAAUAACCUUAUCGUGAUGUUUAAAUUAAUAUUAUUAUUGUGUACACUAUCAUGUAUAGAUGCAUACAAAAUAUUGUUGCUGGCGCAAAUGCCGGUGAGGAGUCUCAACAUUUUAGGAGAAGGAUACCUUCGGCAUCUGACGAACGCCGGACAUGAGGUAACUUAUAUAUCAGUUUAUCCACCAAAAAAUGUCCCAGAAAAGAAUUUUCGCCACAUAGACCUCAGCAGUACGCAUAUGAAUCUCAUAAGCCAGGACGAUAUACUAAACAUAGGACACCUAAUACGCCACCCACCAGCUGAGCAUGCUGACAUAGAAUACAUACAGAAAAUGGGUCUCAUAACCGCAUAUACUACAUUCGAAAAUGAGAAAGUGAAGAAAUUUUUAGACGACACAAGUGAGCACUUUGAUGCGGUAAUCAUCGAACUUUUUGAAUCCGACUUGUACGCAGCAUUGGGCCCUCUGUACGGUUGUCCGGUAAUCUGGGCCUACUCCAUGGGUCCACACUGGCCGGCCCUACGGCUGGUCGAUGAGACCACCAACCCUGCUUACGCGAUGGACUACUUGACCCCUGACAUCCCACCAUUCCCCACGUGGGGAACACGGCUACUUAAGUUCUGGACCCAGAUCAAAUGGAUGUUUAUAAAAAUGACCAACAUAGCACACAAAGAAAGGACUUUUUACGAACAGUAUUUUGAGCCACUCUUUGCUAAAAGAAAUAAGCUCCUCCCUACAUACGAAGACGUAAUUUAUAACGCAUCCAUGGUGCUGUCGAAUGAGUUCCCUGGAAAUGGUCUGAUGCCAAGUGUACCACAAAACUUUAAGUUUAUAGGGGGUUACCAUAUCGAAACACCGCCAAAACCACUUCCACAAGAAAUACGUACAAUUUUGGAUAACGCCAAACACGGCUUUAUUUACUUCAGCAUGGGUUCAACAUGGAAAAGCAAGGACAUACCAAAGGAGGUCACGAAAGGUCUUUUAGACAUGUUUGGAACUUUAAAAGAAACGGUCAUAUGGAAAUAUGAGGAAGAUCUGCAAAAUGUUCCAAAGAACGUCCAUAUUUUAAAGUGGGCACCACAAACUAGUAUACUAGCUCACCCGAACAUUCUGUUCUUCAUCACACACGGUGGUCUACUAUCUUCCAUUGAGUCCGUGCAUUUCGGCGUUCCAGUUAUUGGUGUGCCCAUUUACUUCGACCAAUUUAUCAACAUCAACAGAGGGGUACAAAGAGGAAGCGCCCUCAGAGUAAACUUGUCAAUGAAUUUGCCAAAGGACCUGAAAGUUGCAAUUGAUACUAUGGUUAAGGAUAAUACAUUCCAGAAACGUGCAGAGGAAAUAUCCAAGAUCUACCACGACCGGCCGGUGUCGCCGGGCGCGGAGCUGGUGCACUGGGUGGAGCACGUGGUGCGCACGCGCGGCGCGCCGCAUCUACGCUCCCCCGCCUCGCUCAUGCCCGCCUGGGAGAAAAUGUUCCUCGACGUUAUAGCUUGUAUUAUAUUAAUCAGCAUAGUUAUUGUGUACAGUGCCAAAAAAGCAAUCAAGUACCUACAUUUUUGGGGCUAAACAAAUUGUAAACAAGAAAAAGAAUAAUUAAAUUCUGUUUAAUUUGGA